AUGAUCUGGGGCGGGUGGAGCACCGCCACCGAAGGGCUGGAGACUUACUGCCUGCUGGGUCCAGAGAUGGUCGGCUCCUUCUGUCACGGGUGCGAGGUGGAAGGACCCAGGCGCAGGCAGCAGGCAGAGUACAAAAAGGGAUCGGACUGCACUGAGAUUAAGAGGCGCCUGCCAGAGUCACGCAGCGGAGUUUAUAUGAUCCAUCCUGCUGCAAGCAGAAUCCCCUUCAAGGUGUACUGUGAGAUGCAUCCAGAUGGCGGCUGGACGGUGAUUCAAAAACGCACCGGAGAUAAAGUUUCUUUUGAACGAAACUGGGCUUCAUAUGACCAUGGCUUUGGUCACCUGACAUGGGACCACUGGCUUGGUUUGAGGAAGAUUUACUGGCUGACCCAGUCCAAGAGGAUGACCUUGAGGGUGGACCUGUGGGAAAAUCAAAGGAACACUGCUUACGCCGAGUAUAAGAAGUUCAAUCUGGGGAGUCCAAGUACGGCUUAUAAACUCCAUGUUGGCAGAUACUCAGGAACUGCAGGUGAUGCCAUCCGUGGUGCCAACUCUGACACAAGCCAGAAUGGCUUUGGCUUCAGCACGGUCGACAGAGACAAUGACGGCUGCGAGAGUUGCGUCAGCUACUAUGGCAAUAUUGUAAAAAAAUGCGGUGGUUUUGAUGGCAAUGGUGGCGGCGGCGGCUGGUGGUUCAGUGACUGUGGCUCUGCCAAUCUCAAUGGUUUUCACAAUAUUGCUGAUGCUAAGAGACUGCACUGGAACACCUGGGAGGGCGUUUCCUGGAUCCAUGCUACCAGGAUGAUGAUAAAAUCUGAGUGA